AUGACUUUGUUUGCUGAUACCUUGAUUGAAUGUGGGCUUUAUGAUCUAAGAAGCACUAACAGUCAAUAUACAUGGUCAAACAAUAGAUUAGAUGACCUUUUCACCAAAGAAAAACUGUAUAGAGCAGUUGCCUCAACUGCUUGGUGUGAUACUUUUGGUAAUGGGGAUAUCCAGGUGCUGUCUCCAAUCACAUUUGAUCAUUGCCCCCUUUUACACAUUGUGGAUACUAGCCAUCAUUUCCACUCUUUUCCUCAUGGCUUGCAUCGAUAUGAGGCUAGUUGGAACACUUAUGCUAAUUUUGCUAAGAUUGUGGCAUACUCUUGGAUGGAAGUAGACCCUUCUCAUGGUGAUUUACCAUCUUUAAGCAAAAAACUGGAAUGUUGUAUGAGAUCUUUUAAAAGGUGGAGCAAGAAUCAAACUCCACUUUCUGACCAUAAGUUACAAUCCAAGAUCCAUAGGUUGGACACUAUCCAAUCUAAUCUGCAAGCCACCACAGUUGAAGAAGCAUCACAGUUGAAGAAAGAGAUUAGUGCUAUGCAGCAUAGUCUUCAUCUAAAAUGGAAGCAAAGAGCAAAGAUCCAUUGGUUACAAAAAGGGGACUGA